GAGGGAGGAAGCCGGUCGCCGAGCAGUCAGGGGACCGAGGAGGGGGACGCGGCAGCCCGCAGCGAGACGGAGCCGGCCCCGGUCUCAGCGGUGGCCCUGGCGGGCGGCGGGGACUCGACCCCGGGCGGCGGCGGCGGCGGCGGCGGCAUGUCGGGCCAGAGCGCGGUGAGCGACCCCCAGCACGCCGCCCGCCUGCUGCGGGCCCUCAGCUCCUUCCGCGAGGAGAGCCGCUUCUGCGACGCGCACCUGGUGCUGGAGGGCGAGGAGAUCCCCGUGCAGAAGAACAUCCUGGCGGCCGCCAGCCCCUACAUCAGAACAAAAUUGAACUAUAAUCCUCCAAAGGAUGAUGGAUCUACAUAUAAGAUUGAACUUGAAGGGAUAUCUGUCGAAAUCAUGAGAGAGAUACUGGAUUACAUCUUCAGUGGGCAGAUCAGGCUAAAUGAAGACACUAUCCAAGAUGUUCUGCAGGCAGCUGAUCUCCUGCUUCUUACAGAUCUUAAAACUCUGUGCUGUGAGUUUUUAGAAGGUUGUAUAGCUGCUGAGAACUGUAUUGGUAUUCGGGACUUUGCACUGCACUAUUGUUUGCGUCACGUUUAUUACCUUGCCUCGGAGUAUCUGGAAACUCACUUCCGAGAUGUCAGCAGCACAGAGGAGUUCCUGGAACUGAGUCCCCAAAAACUGAAAGAAGUGCUAUCCCUGGAAAAGCUGAAUGUUGGAAAUGAAAAAUAUGUAUUUGAAGCAGUAAUUAGAUGGAUCUCCCAUGAUUCAGAAUUAAGAAAGGUUCACCUGAAGGAUGUCAUGUCAGCAGUGUGGGUUUCAGGAUUAGAUUCAACUUAUUUGCGUGAGCAAAUGAUGAGCGAACCACUGGUACGGGAGAUUGUCAAAGAAUGUAGCAACAUUCCACUCACUCCACCACAGCAGGGGGAGGCAAUGUUAGCUUCUUUCAAACCCAGAGGUUAUUCCGAGUGUAUAGUGACUGUUGGUGGUGAAGAAAGAGUGUCACGGAAGCCAACAGCUGUGAUGCGAUGCAUGUGCCCUCUUUAUGAUCCUAAUAGGCAACUCUGGAUUGAACUUGCCCCUAUGAGCAUUCCAAGAAUCAACCAUGGGGUACUCUCAGCAGAAGGAUUUUUGUUUGUACUUGGAGGUCAAGAUGAAAAUAAGGAAACUCUGAGCUCUGGAGAAAAAUAUGAUCCUGAUACCAAUUCAUGGAGUUCCUUGCCACCAAUGAAUGAGGCACGGCAUAAUUUUGGUUUGGUAGAGAUUGAUGGAAUUCUGUAUAUUCUGGGAGGUGAGGAUAGAGAAAGGGAGCUACGCUCUAUGGAGUGCUAUGACAUUUAUAACAAGACCUGGACCAAGCAGCCAGAUCUGACCAUGGUUAGAAAGAUUGGCUGCUAUGCAGCUAUGAAGAAGAAAAUCUAUGCCAUGGGCGGAGGCUCCUAUGGAAAACUGUUUGAAUCUGUUGAGUGUUACGACCCUAGGACUCAGCAAUGGACAGCCAUCUGUCCACUAAAAGAGAGAAGAUUUGGGGCAGUGGCAUGUGGAGUUGCCUCAGAGCUUUACGUGUUUGGUGGAGUCAGAAGUCGUGAUGAUAAUCAGGCCAGUGAGAUGGUGACAUGCAAAUCUGAAUUCUAUCAUGAUGAGUUUAAAAGGUGGAUUUAUCUAAAUGAUCAGAACUUAUGCAUCCCAGCCAGUUCUUCCUUUGUGUAUGGAGCUGUACCUAUUGGAGCCAGUAUUUAUGUCAUUGGAGAUCUUGAUACAGGUACCAAUUAUGACUACGUUAGAGAGUUUAAAAGGAGCACAGGAACUUGGCACCAUACUAAACCAUUAUUUCCAUCAGACCUUCGCCGCACUGGCUGCGCAGCCUUGCGGAUUGCAAACUGCAAGCUUUUCCGACUGCAGCUUCAGCAAGGAUUGUUCCGUAUUCGUGUUCCUUCUCCAUGAUUAGUCCUCUAAAAAUGGAAGAGAUGGGAAGAACCUGACACAGUCCACCAUAACAUAGCUUUAUAUAAGGAAAAACAAAGCUAUUGCAACUGAAACUUACAUUAUAUGCUGUGCUUUGGUAUGGUAUCUGUUUUUGUUUGUUUUAAAAUGCUUAAAAAC